ACACUUGAUUUCGCACUGCGAUCCCUUCAUUCCUCGACCAUACAUAAACUGAUUUUAUGUUUUAUCCAAAAUCUAUUAGGUUCUGAAACUUUUGGGUUCAGGUUUUCUGUUAGCAUUUUAUGCUGUAAUAGUAAUUUAUUAUACGUAACCCACAAAAGAUUGUGCCGGAGAACUGGAAUUUUGUGAUUAAAGAUUUCUUGCUGAGUCUUCGCGUUUGCAAAUUAGGAAGUCGGGACGCGUGGAGCGAUUGAUUUGGAUUUACAAAGUAACAAAAUGGUCAAUAUCGUUUCGUGGGAUGAUUUUUCUAAGCGAGCAGAGGAGUUAUACCUUGCUGACCCAGGAAGAGUUCGAUUCACAAUAAAGUACCGCGAGAGCGAUGGUGAAGUGAUUCUAAAGAUGACGGACGAUAAAACUUGUCUGAAAUACCACGGCACGACAUCUCGGGAUGUUAAGCGGGCAGAAAAAUUCUCUUCUCUGAUCAUGCGCUACAUGGCAUCGAAAGAAUAACCAAUCCUUCCUGCUUCGAUAAUUGCAGCAUAUGGAAGAUUUUUAUAGUCCUGAACGAAUUUUGUACUCGGGCCGUAACGAUGUGAUGCUUCGCAGAAAAAUCUUCUUUGCUAUACAAUUUGUUCGAAUCUGGUGUGUAAAUUCCGUUAGCCGGCGUUCUUCCUUAUCUCGAGUGCUCUGAUAACUGACAGUAGCAAAACCAUUCCUUAAGAUUUUCAUAAGCUGAUCACCUGGAAAAGCAUUCUGAGUAAUACCUAUAAGGGUAAUCCAUCCCGUUCAGUGUUUUCAAACAUUUAAUGUGUCGUAGCCCGGUGGACCUAUUUACAACGGGAAAAUAAAAAAACAAGAUUGCUGAUGAUGAAAAAACA